AUGUGGCGCCUGGUGCCCCCGAAGCUGGGCCGCCUGUCCCGCUCGCUGAAGCUGGCGGCGCUGGGCAGCCUGCUGGUGCUGAUGGUGCUGCACUCGCCGUCGCUGCUCGCCUCCUGGCAGCGCAACGAGCUGGCCGACCGGCGCUUCCUGCAGCUCAAUAAGUGCCCGGCGUGCUUCGGCACGAGCUGGUGCCGCCGCUUCCUCAACGGGCAGGUGGUGUUCGAGGCGUGGGGCCGCCUGCGCCUGCUGGACUUCCUCAACGUGAAGAACGUGUACUUCGCGCAGUACGGCGAGCCCCGCGAGGGCGGCCGCCGCCGCGUGGUGCUCAAGCGCCUGGGCUCGCAGCGCGAGCUGGCGCAGCUCGACCAGAGCAUCUGCAAGCGGGCCACCGGCCGGCCGCGCUGCGACCUGCUCCAGGCCAUGCCGCGCACCGAGUUCGCGCGGCUCAACGGCGACGUGCGGCUGCUCACGCCCGAGGCGGAUGUCUUCAUCAGAAUCUCUUAUAAUAGUAAGAUAAUUCUUUUGUAGAGUUUUCCGUCUGAUGAAGGUUGGCCAUUUGCAAAGUAUCUUGGAGCUUGUGGAAGGAUGGUGGCUGUAAACUACGUUGGAGAAGAGCUGUGGAGCUACUUCAACGCACCUUGGGAGAAACGAGUUGACCUUGCCUGGCAGUUAAUGGAAAUUGCAGAGCAGCUUACAAACAAUGACUUUGAGUUUGCGCUCUACCUGCUGGACGUCAGCUUCGACAACUUCGCAGUGGGGCCUCGAGAUGGGAAGGUGAUCAUUGUGGAUGCUGAAAAUGUUCUGGUUGCCGACAAAAGGCUAAUCAGACAAAAUAAACCUGAAAAUUGGGAUGUGUGGUAUGAAAGCAAAUUUGAUGACUGUGAUAAGGAGGCUUGCUUGUCUUUUUCAAAAGAAAUUCUUUGUGCUCGUGCCACUGUGGACCACAAUUAUUAUGCUGUUUGUCAGAACCUCUUGUCCAGACAUGCCACCUGGCGUGGUACUUCUGGAGGACUCCUUCAUGACCCGCCGGGGGAAAUUGCCAAAGACGGCCGGCUGGAGGCCUUGCUGGACGAGUGCGCCAACCCGAAGAAGCGCUACGGCAGAUUCCAGGCCGCGAAAGAGCUGCGCGAGUACCUGGCACAGUUGAGUAACAACGUGAGGUAGUGGAUGGGCAGCUUCCCUGUCCUCCGCCUAAAUAGCGCUGGCUGACACAGCCACCAAAAGCUAUCUAGAAAAAAGAAAUCUGGAAGUAGUACAGUCAGAGGAAGGUAAACGUGUACUGAUACAUCUUAUGUGAACAUCCAUCAAAAGAAGACGUUUCUUUAAAAAACCAUAUGGUUCUUCUGCAGAUCAGUUUGUUCUACACUUUGGAAUCGUGCGCUGUGACUGCUUUGCCCCUUGAAUGCCUGAGUGCACUAAUGAACAUUGUGAAGCUAUUGGAAAUGAAUCUGAUAGCUACAUUGGCUUGUGUAUCAAAGGGUACUUGGUACUUGACUUGUUUGCAUUACUAUCAUGAUUUUGUGAAUCUCUUACAUUUACGUUGAAUGUCAAGUUCGAUUUGGCCUGUUUUAUAGGCUACUUUUUCCUUCCAAUGUGUAGGGUUUUUUUGUUUGUUUUUGCAUUUUUGUGUUUUUCAUUGUGGUACACAUUCGGGUUACUGUAGGUGCUCAUUUAAACUUGAGCUGAUUUUCAUUCAGUGCUGAGCAGCACAUACCUAUUCUCUGUUAGGGCAGAUUCCCAGGUUUACUCUGUUUUUUCAGAAAGUCGAAUAUUUUAUUAUGUAAAUACUUUUCUUCCUGUUUUCUGUGGUUUUACCACAGCAUGAGGUCAUUUAAGGUUAUUUAACAUUACAUCACUCUGUGCCAGUAAUUAGUGUCCACUAAACAUGAAGUUGGCCUAUGUUGCAAAAAUAUCGUUCUGUCCUUUAAAGGCUUUGAGAAGAGAGUGUUAGCAGUUUUCACCUUGAUGUUAAUUUUGAGAGAAAAAGAUAACCCAGUAUUUUUCAAAUGCUAACUAGUGCAAGAUAGUAAUGCAUAUGCCAAAGAAAUAUUAGACCUAGUCCCAUGGUUAGAGUUUAAAAUUGGUCACGCACUCAUUCUUACUGUCUCACUUACAGUACUUUUUUGUCAUUAAAUUCAAAUCUCCCUGGCUGUUCUUUUAUGUUAAAAGUUAAGGUACUGCCUCCCAGCAUAGGUAACUUAAAGAUAUUCUACCUUUUAUUCAUCAGCAGUUUUGCAAAAUUUACCAUGGUUGUCAUCAUUUGAGUUUAAUCAGGCAUUGUGACUUUUCAUUAACUGAUGGACAAGUAAUUUUUACUGUCGCCAGUCUGCCCAACUUGGUGUUCAUUACCCAGUUGUUAAACAUCAAAACAGCAAAGUUUAAGUAUGUGGGUAAAAAUACGUGAAAUUUGUGGGCUGUUUUUAAAUUACAAUGGACACAUAUUGACGAUCACUAUCUUAUAUUAUUUCUGUUUGAAGUUGUUACUUUUUCAGAUGGCAAAGUUUGGUGUAGUGUGCAGUAUCUAAUUCUAGACUGACCUGGUUUUUAAUCAGAAAGCGAUUAAAAUAUGCACAGCCAAAGCCAGGUUUUCCUUCUGUUUCUCAUGCAUUCAGCAACUAUUUAUUGAGCAUCUGCUCUGUGCCAGGCGUAUUACCAGCUGCUACACACUGUCUGAACAUGACAUGGCUAGGUAACUACAGUGAUUAUCAGAUACUUUAAUGUAGGCAUUUCUUAAGUGAAAUAGCAUUCAUUAAAUUAGGGUGAUGCUUUCAUGUUAUUUUAUUAUUGUGGUGGAAAUUCUACUUGUUCCGUCUGUAACCAGGUUGCUAUAAAAAGAGCAGCACGUUCUUAAUAAAGGUAAUCCCAGGUUAGAACCGGGAGAAGGUACGAUCUCCGCAUUGUGAAAUAGAUUGCAGUAUGCUAGCUGUUACAUCUACAUCAGUGUGUUACGUGUAUCAACUAGCCCUCAAACGUUUCAGUGCUGGAAAGUUUACUGUGCUGACGUUUGACUACUUUGGAAAACUUUUGAGGGGAACAGGUAAAAUUACUUGUCAGACAUUCAAGCCUCUUACUCAAAACUUCAAACAAAAUACACACUUUCAAAACUGAGCACCUUUUAUGUUGGGUAAGUAUUCAUUACCAACGUGGGCUGCCGGUCACAGAGGGGUUGUCUUUCUGUGGUUGAGCAAACGCUUAUCUUACUUUUUGGAAGAGAUUGUGAUUGCAGAGUAGGAAGUGAGAAGACAGCUGCCAGCAGGGAUCCUGCUUGAGGCAGUUUCCCUGUGAGAUUAUGUGGAAUUUCUUUUAUCUUGGAAGAGGUUGAGAAGACAGUAAAAGAGUUAGGAAUUUAACAGGGAAAGUGAUGUAUGUGAAAAGCAAUAAAUAUUUUGUUCACUUUGCUAUCAAGAUAUUCACUAUCAGAUAUUUAUUAUACAGCAGCAAUUUAUAUUUUUAAUCAUUGCCCAUUAAUAGACGCAGUAAAAUAUUUUUGAAUCAGACAUUUGGGGUUUGUAUGUGCAUUAAAGUUGUCUUUUGUACUGUAAGUUACUGUUUAAUUUGAAUAUUUUAUCAAAACUGUCUCCCUGUGCCUUUACACUAUAAAGUUGUUUCUGCAACUUUAAUGCUCUUAAUAAAGAGUACUUUAAGAAACA